UAUAUACAUAUUUAACUACUUUCAGGAAAAACUAAAGUCUGUUACAGUUUUGGGCGCAGGCUUAUUGGUAGGUACGGCAUUAACCGUUAUCAUUCCGGAAGGAAUACGCUCUUUGUAUAUGGAUACCUUAACACCCAAUUUGCCAGAAGUCGGCAAGAUAUCAGCACGUAAAGUUGAAAAAUCUCUAUUUUCUGCAACAACGGAGACUUUUAAUGUAGACCACAUGAGAGAACCUGACUUCUCCCGCACUAUUGGUGUAUCGCUUGUAUUGGGGUUUGUAUUUAUGCUGCUAGUGGACCACAUAUCGCAACAUAAAAGCGUAAACAGUUCUAAAGACAAAAACAUAACAGCAACAUUAGGCUUGGUUGUUCAUGCCGCUGCUGAUGGAGUAGCUCUUGGAGCUGCAGCAACGACCACCCACCAAGACGUUGAAAUUAUUGUAUUUUUAGCAAUCAUGUUGCAUAAAGCUCCAGCUGCCUUUGGGCUCGUUAGUUUUCUUUUACAUGAACAAAUUGAACAUCAAGAAAUACGCAAGCACUUGUUAAUUUUUUCUUGUUCGGCUCCACUAUUAACUCUUUUGACUUUUUUUGGAAUUGGGCAGGAACAAAAGGAGACCCUCAAUUCCUUAAAUGCGACUGGAAUAGCUAUGCUUUUCUCAGCAGGAACAUUUCUAUAUGUAGCAACAGUGCAUGUUCUACCAGAACUAACUCAUGUCUCUCAUUCGCAUUCACAUGGCCAGUAUGAUUAUCGUCAACUGAACAGUACAGCAAGUGGGAUUGAAUCUCAAGGUGAUAUACAUUCUACCAAUGUACGGUUUUCGAAAGGUCUUCUUUUAAGUGAAAUGAUAAUAUUAAUAUGUGGUGCAUUACUUCCUCUUAUAAUAACUUUUGGUCAUCAUCACUAAAUUAAGCCUUAUUCUUCUGUUAAUGAAAAUUUGGAUUUAACGGGCGCAAUCGAUGUUUUACUUUAUAUUAACUAAACAUAUCUGUAUCUAAUAAAAAAAAACCUAAGAUGAUUGAGAAUAGUUGGCUUGGCUAAUAAACAAAGCGUUAACGUGCAUAUA